AAUAAAAACACGAAACACGUUUAUUUACAUCGCGCAACAUUUUUCUCCUAAUUUUAUUCGAUUUUUUUUUAAUCGAAAAUGUCAAAGAAACGAACAAUCAACGAUCAAAUCGUUGAAGUAUUGAAGCCAAAAGAAUCCAUAGACCCCGAAGAUGUCGUCUACGAUGAGAAUACGGUACCUAAAAUAAGCGCUUUUGACGAAAAUGACUACGAAGAUGCAGGAAAAUCCAUCAUUAGCGAGUUUCGGAAGCGAAAUGCUGCUGUGGAUUUAGCAAAAACGGAUAAAAAAUAUCAAGGCGAAGUCGUUUCGCGAGCAGAUUUGGAUAAAUUCAUGGAUUCGAGUGAAGAGGAAGACGACGAAGGGAGCGAUGAUGAUGGGAAAUAUGCGACAGACACGGAUGACGACGAGGAAUUGAACGAAAAUGACUCGGAAGAGGAGGAAAAUGAAGAAGAAGAGGAAGAAAAUGACGAAAAUGAGGAAGAUGAAAGUCAAGAAGAAGAAGAAAAUUCGGAAGAAGAAGAAUUGAAGGUUGAUACAAGUCAAAUUUUACGCCCCGAAGCACAAGGAGAGAAAAUUCGUCAAGGAAAAGCUGUCAAAGUUCAACUUCAGCUGUGGGAAAAAAUGUUAGAAAUGCGAAUCAAGUCACAAAAGUUACUUUCUUUAGCAAAUAGUUUGCCUUUUGGUGACGUUUUUGACAAAUUAAGCUCCAACGAGGAAUUUUCUGAAGCAAUUUCAUCAACAACUGACCGUCUCUUGACUCUUCUUGACAAAAAUCGGGAGUUACAACGAACUUUAGUGAAGCAAUUCCCCGAAUCGAAGGAAAUUUCGACUGAAAAAGCAUCGCGCAAGCGAAAAUUGAAGCCAAAUGACACUUUGGAAGCCAAAAGAGCUCAUCUCGACUCUUUAUGGGAUGAUAUCAACCAGUUUACGACAAAUUACACGCCUUACCGCAACUCCGUUAUCCAAAAAUGGCAUGAUCGAACGAAAAUUGCCGCAAAUGUGAAAUCCCUCAAAAACAUGGAAAGUCAAAGUAUCGUGCAAAAAAUCGACAAUAUCCUCCUGAAUCGCAACGAACUCAUCAGAAAAACUCAAAUUUAUCGCGGCGGUUAUGAAAUUGUCGGGCAUCCAUUGGAACAACCCUCCAUCGAUGUCGCUGCUCAAAAUUCAGAAAUUCCCGCGGAUGACGAGGCAACGACGCAAAAUGAUCCGUUUGGCAUCCCCGUGAAGAAAGAUACGAACGUUUAUGUCUCCGAAAUUUAUGACGACUCGGAUUUUUAUCAUCAGUUGUUGCGAGAAUUGAUUGAAUUUAAAACAAGUACGUCGAGCAAUCCGCAAGAACUUGAGCAGAAAUAUCAGGAAUUGCAUCAGCUGAGGAAUAAAAUGAAGAAAACUGUCGAUACAAGAGCGUCAAAGGGCAGGAAAAUACGUUAUGUGGUUCAUAAUAAAUUGGUUAACUUUAUGGCGCCGGUAGCUUCGGAUUCGUGGACUGAAGAAGCGAAAACUGAAUUGUAUAAUUCGUUGUUUGAUAAGUUGAUGACGCAAGCAAAUGAAAUGGAUGAAAAGUUUAUUGUUGCGUAAAAGAGGAGAAAAAAUUGUAAAUAUCUGAAAGAAAAAUAUUAAAAAUAAAUAAAAUUUUUAUUAAAUUUAAAUUUUA